UGUACAAUAUGUCUAUCGAGGAGCUGGUCUGAGAAGUAAAAGAGGAGCGACGCUCAUAUGUUGUUAAUAUUCAAUAUUUUAUUGCUCAUUGUCAGGUUCAAACACUGAUGACAUCUAUUAAACAAGACAAGAAGCAAGGAAUUAAAACAGACAAUUAAAUUUGGCUCAAUUUGAGGAAAGAUGUCUGGGCUGUACUCUUGCACAGUCUCCACUACGCUCUGGCGAAAGAUUGUCUCACCACGCUCUGGCGAAAGAUUGUACGCCACCUCUUUUAUUUGGACUUUCCCUGAUUACAUGGCAACAGCUGUUUCUAAGGGACGUGGGUCGUAAACAGCAAUCACCUUUGGUUACAACAGUUCAAAGAAAAGGUCGUGAAACAGUUCAAACAAGCAGUGCCUGGAGGGGAGUCAGGCCCUGCUUCCUCUCCGCUGUGUAGUUCUUGGGUCAAACAAUAUCUUUCUGUUGAUUGCAAUACAUGAAAGAAACAGAACACCUUCAUGUUGCUUCCCAUCCUACACAGUGGAGUUUUACAAGCCUUUUGAUUGGUAGGAUUAAAGACAGCUUUUGUCCUCUCGCCGGGAACUCAAUGUAAAACAAAGUUUUGUGAUAACUUAGAUACAAUUAUUCUAACACUCAUAGUUAAUAUUGAAAAUCCCAAGUAAAAGGGGAGCGACGUUCAUAUGUUGUUAAUAUUCAGUGUUUUAUUGUUCAUAGUUUUAAUAUUGUAAAUGCCAUGUAAAAGAGGAGCGACGUUCAUAUGUUGUUAAUAUUCAGUGUUUUAUUGUUCACAGUUAAUAUUGUAAAUCCCACGUAAAAGAGGAGCGACGUUCAUAUGUUGUUAAUAUUCAGUGUUUUAUUGUUCAUAGUUAAUAUUGUAAAUCCCACUUAAAAGAGGAGCGACCUUCAUAUAUUGUUAAUAUUUAGUGUUUUAUUGUUCAUAGUUAAUAUUGUAAAUCCUACUUUCUUUUUGUUUUCAGAACAGUGUGUGUCAGAUACCGAUUUUUUUGCAACAAAAUUCUGCAUAAAAGUGAUAAUAUAUCAUAUUGUAGGUGUUUAUUACACUUUGCAUUCAUAUUAUGCUGUUUGUCACAUUUUUGUUUGCUUGAUUGUACAAUAUGUCUAUUGAGGAGCUGGUCUGAGAAGUAAAAGAGGAGCGACGCUCAUAUGUUGUUAAUAUUCAAUAUUUUAUUGCUCAUUGUCAGGUUCAAACACUGAUGACAUCUAUUAAACAAGACAAGAAGCAAGGAAUUAAAACAGACAGAAUUAAAUUUGGCUCAAUUUGAGGAAAGACGUCUGGGCUGUACUCUUGCACAGUCUCCACUACGCUCUGGCGAAAGAUUGUCUCACCACGCUCUGGCGAAAGAUUGUACGCCACCUCUUUUAUUUGGACUUUCCCUGAUUACAUGGCAACAGCUGUUUCUAAGGGACGUGGGUCGUAAACAGCCGUCACCUUUGGUUACAACAGUUCAAAGAAAAGGUCGUGAAACAGUUCAAACAAGCGGUGCCUGGAGGGGAGUCAGGCCCUGCUUCCUCUCCGCUGUGUAGUUCUUGGGUCAAACAAUAUCUUUCUGUGAAUUGCAAUACAUGAAAGAAACAGAAAACCUUCAUGUUGCUUCCCAUCCUACACGGUGGAGUUUUACAAGCUUUUUGAUUGGUAGGAUUAAAGACAGCUUUUGUCCUCUCGCCGAGAACUCAAUGUAAAACAAAGUUUUGUGAUAACUUAGAUACAAUUAUUCUAACACUCAUAGUUAAUAUUGAAAAUCCCACGUAAAAGAGGAGCGACGUUCAUAUGUUGUUAAUAUUCAGUGUUUUAUUGUUCAUAGUUAAUAUUGUAAAUCCCAAGUAAAAGGGGAGCGACGUUCAUAUGUUGUUAAUCUGUUUUAUUGUUCAUAGAUUUAAUAUCGUAAAUACCAUGUAAAAGAGGAGCGACGUUCAUAUGUUGUUAAUAUUCAGUGUUUUAUUGUUCAUAGUUAAUAUUGAAAAUCCCACGUAAAAGAGGAGCGACGUUCAUAUGUUGUUAAUAUUCAGUGUUUUAUUGUUCAUAGUUUUAAUAAUGUAAUUCUCACAUAAUAGAGAAGCGACGUUCAUAUGUUGUAAUAUUCAUUGUUUUAUUGUUCAUAGUUAAUAUUGUAAAUCCCACGUAAAAGAGGAGCGACGUUCAAUUGUUAAUAUUUAGUUUGAUUUUUUAUAGUUAAUGUUGAAAAUCCCACGUAAAAGAGGAGCAGCGUUCAUAUGUUGUUAAUAUUCAGCGUUUUAUUGUUCAUAGUUAAUAUUGUAAAUCCCACGUAAAAGAGGAACAACGUUCAUGUUGUUAAUAUUCAGUGUUUUAUUGUUCAUAGUUAAUAUUGUAAAUCCCACGUAAAAGAGGAGCGACGUUCAUAUGUUGUUAAUAUUCAGUGUUUUAUUGUUCAUAGUUAAUAUUGAAAAUCCUACGUAAAAGAGGAGCUACGUUCAAUUGUUAAUAUUUAGUUUGAUGUUUUAGUUAAUAUUGUAAAUCCCACGUAAAAGAGGAGCGACGUUCAUAUGUUGUUAAUAUUCAGCGUUUUAUUGUUCAUAGUUAAUAUUGUAAAUCCCACGUAAGAGGAACAACGUUCAUGUUGUUAAUAUUCAGUGUUUUAUUGUUCAUAGUUAAUAUUGUAAAUCCCACGUAAAAGAGGAACAACGUUCAUGUUGUUAAUAUUCAGUGUUUUAUUGUUCAUAGUUAAUAUUGUAAAUCCCACGUAAAAGAGGAACAACGUUCAUGUUGUUAAUAUUCAGUGUUUUAUUGUUCAUAGUUUAUAUUGUAAAUCCCACGUAAAAGAGGAGCGACGUUCAUAUGUUGUUAAUAUUCAUUGUUUUAUUGUUCAUAGUUAAUAUUGUAAAUCCCACGUAAAAGAGGAGCGACGUUCAUAUGUUGUUAAUCAGCCUUUUAUUGUUCAUAGUUAAUAUUGUAAAUCCCACGUAAAAGGGGAGUGACGUUCAUAUGUUGUUAAUAUUCAGUGUUUUAUUGUUCAUAGUUAAUAUUGUAAAUCUCAGUAAAAGAGGAGCGACGUUCAUAUGUUGUUAAUAUUCAGUGUUUUAUUGUUGGUAGUUAAUAUUGUAAAUCCCACUUUCUUUAUUUUCAUGUACAUUUUGGGUGUCCCAUUCAGUAAAAAACUGUAAAAUUCCAUUCCUUUUUUUUGAGGUGGACAUUGUGACUUUUGGUAUUAGUGUUCCUGGAAAAAAAGGGACCCAAACACAUACUGGACAGCAGAUUUUUAUAGCUAUGUGUACAUAUCAUUUAUACACACAUACACAUUGGCCCCCCCAGACACAUUUUAUUCCCUCAAUGUGUCCCCCGAGUUAAAAUAUGUGUCUAGCUCUGUACUAUAUAGUGUUUGCAAACCUCCCAUUAAUUGCAACUGACCAUGGAGUCAAUAGUGCGUCAGUAAUCCGGGACUGCAGAUAACAUUUUGUCCCUUUUGCGUUGCAGUUCACCACCGGCGUGGCUAACUGAGCUCACCUUGUUUGUUUUGGCAGCACAUUUCCAUAGUUACCAGGGCUUUACUGGGCUGGAAAGCUCACUAGGUGGUGCGUGUGCCGAUGUCUGCGUGUUUUGGUAAAACCCAGGAGGCCGAAAUGUCUGCCAAAAUGAUCAAAAGGGGAAAGCGGCAUUAUUCUCCCAAGGGCAACGACGCCAAAUGGUUUCCUCACCCAGAUGUGCCGCAGACCGAGGGCAGGAAUCGCGAGCUGUCCACCAGCACCGGGCUCAUGCUGACCCAAGUGACCGACUCGCUGCCACAGGCCUUCGACUUCGAACGCUUUCCGAAAGUGCGGAUCGAGCACAAAACCAGGACAUAUCCAGUGUCAGACAUCAACAACAGGCUUUCCCUCCACGACAAUAUCAUCGUUUUCGACGACGGCGCGGGACGCAGAAAGUGCCCGCAGGACGCCAGCAUGCACAGAUCCCACUUCUGCCUGUGCCACGACGGCCGCAAAGGCAGCGUCAAAGUGGGCGACUCCAUCUACCGGGCCGACUACGCCACGCAGCCGACCGUGGAGGAUACCACCGCCACCAGGCGCUUCCCGCGCGACCACAAGACGAAGUGCGAGAAGACGGCUACGGCGCCGGGGGAAGGGGACUUCAUGUGGUUUGGGAAACAUAACCGUGACGAAGAGAUCAGCAUGGAAGUGCUGGGCUUUGCCAACCUUAAAACAUCCAUCAGGCCGUAGGAUUCCCAUUUCAAGUAGCUUAAUAAUAAAUAAAAGA